AUGCUCGCUUCUGCUUUACCUCAGUAUAAUGUAGUUAUUGUCAUUCAUUCUAACAUCAUACUUGUAAAUUCUUAUGCUUCAUCCGCCAAGUACGACUUCAACUACGCCGUCAACGACCCACCAUCUGGCAACGAAUUCGGCCGUCAGGAGGCCCGAGAUGGCCCCAACACUCAGGGUUCCUACAACGUCCUACUUCUUGACGGUCGUCUUCUUCACGGUUAUGAAACCAUUCUCACUUCAUUAAACAUUCCACCACCAUCAUACAACAUGACACUGAAGGCAAUUAUACUCUCCGCUCUUGUGGCCGUUGCCCUCUCCCGCCCUGAAAACACACCAUCCUAUAGCUAUGGUGUCACAACGCCGUCCUAUGGAUAUGGUGCAACAACGCCCCCUUCAGCACCCGCUAAGUACGACUUCAACUACGCCGUCAACGACCCACCAUCUGGCAACGACUUCGGCCAUCAGGAGGCCCGAGAUGGCCCCAACACUCAGGGUUCCUACUACGUCCUACUUCCUGACGGUCGUCUUCAAAGGGUCACCUAUACUGUUAACGGUAACUCCGGUUACGUGGCCGAUGUCACUUACGAGGGUGAUGCUACACCACGCCCCUAUACACCCGCUCCCCAGUAUGCUUAG